AAAAAAAUGCCAGAAAAUUGCCAAAACUACCGACGAAACUCAUUUUUGAACUGGAAAAUGCGAAAAUAUUCCAGAAUUUCCUACAUUUUCAAGCUUGUUCAUGCGGCUCCAGAGACCAGUCAGCUCCUCAAGCCACUUCUGGACACAGAUUUGCUCCCAUUUCUUCUCUAUUCUCUGAACAAACAAAAAAGAUGGGAAAUUUCAAAUUUUUUGGAUCAAAAUUUUUUGGGGUUUCUCAAAAAUUUGAAUUUCAACGUGGAUAUCAAGUUUUUCGAGAGAAUUUCCAUUUUUCCAUGGUUAGGGAAUUACGGCUUCAACCCUCCACAUUACUUAUCGGCUGUGAAUUCUUCAAAAAUCAAGAAAAGCUUCGAAAUUUCUGCCGAGCAACCGUACUCGGAGCAGGUUUUUAGUGGUGUUGGCAGAUUUUACGGACCCCGAAAUUCGAAAAAUGUGUGGUCUGAGCCGGGAGCUAUGGAAAUUAUUAGCUAUAAUAUAGUGCAGGAGCCAAAAAACUACCGGAAACGGUUUGCACAUGACUAUAGGAAAUGGAAAUGGGAUAGGCAUGAUUCCACGUACAUUCCAAAAGGAAAAUUCGACCCAAAAACGUUGAAGCUAGACUACAAUGAGUUUUUCGAGGAUUUUGAUGAAGAAAUUGAAGUUUUUCCGACAAAUUAUGCUGAAAUUGACGUACAAAUGGUCCCAAGUCAGUAUUACAACUUCUCGAAUCACUAUGUAAAAAAUCGGAAGAAAAACCGCCGAAAAUUAAAAAUAACCAAUGUAAAUUAA